CCUUUUUCAAGAGAGAGAAAGCCAAGAGAGAGAGAGAGAGAGAAUGUCAGGAAGAGGAAAAGGAGGCAAGGGAUUGGGAAAGGGCGGAGCAAAGCGUCACCGGAAGGUUUUACGUGACAACAUUCAAGGUAUCACGAAGCCGGCGAUUCGACGAUUGGCUAGAAGAGGUGGCGUUAAGCGUAUAAGCGGUCUAAUCUAUGAGGAAACACGAGGUGUGCUCAAGAUCUUUCUAGAGAACGUCAUUCGUGAUGCGGUUACCUACACCGAGCACGCUCGCCGGAAAACUGUUACUGCGAUGGACGUGGUUUAUGCUUUGAAACGUCAGGGCCGAACUCUGUACGGUUUCGGAGGUUAAGAGAAACUCGAGGUUCGUAGGAUUAGGCUUUUUUUUAAUGGAAAUCGUGUUUGCUACUUAGUUGUUAAUACUAGUGCUAUGUAUCGUCCAGUUGAAUCUCGUAAUGCAAUUCUAGUUUUACUUGC